CAUUGGUGAAUAGUCAGCAUGGAAAAUAGAUACUUUGGGCAGACUGACAUGUAAGGAGCUAACCCCCAAGAUAAAAGCAAACCCAUCCUACAGUGAAUUUACCCAACAACCAAACACUGCCUGAACAUUCAAAUUUGAGGUUCUUGAGGAGUUUCCUAUUCCCCUUCCUUCAGCACAUCUCCCACAGAAACAUCGGCCCCCUUCGGUAGUUGGCAACAACGUACCUUGUUCACCAACCCUCAAGGUCACGCUGCCUCGCAUCACCCCUCGAGGCCCACAACAACCGAUCAACUCACACACCAUGCUCUUCAACACCACUAGCGACAGUCUAGCCAUCGCGGCCCUUUUCGCCCUGGCUCUAGCAACCCCCCUCGCGCCCACCUCCAAAUUCCUAACCGCCCCCUUCGCCCCGGGCUGCCAACCUUAUGACAAGUGCGGCACCACCACGCCCCAGGUCGUCACCGACUCGAGUCUCGCCUCCCCCAACGCCGACGACUGUCUCCAGAUUGCGACGUGGGCCAACAGCAACAACGGCAUAUGGGACCUGGGCACGGGCGGGAACGACGAGUGGACGACGCUGAAUAUCCAGGGUAGCUGUGCGGUGGCGGUGGAUAACAAGGCAAGGACGAACGUGGGGAAUGUCGAUGUGCAUGAUUUGGUCAUGGAUUCUUUCCAUUUGGCUGGGACGAGGGGUGGGGGUAUGGAGUAUAAGGGAAACUUUGCGUGUCAGGGGGAGGUGACUGUGGAUUGGUGGUUGAGGAUCUCGGAGGGGAUGUGAAGGGGAGGGAUAAUAGACCUAAGCUCUAAUACACCCGGGUCGUCUAGCUGGAGGCGCUGCCUGGGAUUAGAGCCGUUGACCA